CAUUAUUUACCUUUCUUUGUAGCAAAGACUUUUUGAGAAUUACCGACGGGAUGGGCAAAAGACAACGUUACUGUGGUAACAAGACCGGUCAAAAUCUUCGCGUGACUGGAGACCAAGUGGAAGUAAUAUUUCAUUCAGACGGAGAGAUUGAGCGAAGAGGAUAUCUACUAAAUUUCACUCUGGUUUCGUUGCCCUCGGUUUCAAGCGUGCCUACGGAAAGGAAUUCUGGUCAACCAACACAGGAUACCGCGAUCUUCAAUGAAAGGAUGAGUUACAUCCUAUCUGGUAUCGCCUUCAUUCUGUUGUUGGUGCUAUGUUUUAUUCUAGGUUUCUGGUGCUACAGACGGUCUCAUCACAAGCAAAUCAAAAGGUUAUUCACUGUUGUUGUUAGUAAUUACGAUGAAACAUAGUAAAUAAAUUGGUUAUUGCAAAGCUGGGACAAUUAACA